UCUGCCACCCAGCUCUUCCAGCUGUGCAGCCAGUGCAUGGACCAGCAACGUCCCCCAGAUCACGCCUGACAGCAGCAUCCUGGCAGAAGAGGCACCUCGGAGAGCAGCGUUCAGACUGUCUUCAUGAGGGGCGACUCGAGCCCAGAGAGAAACGCAGUGCACGGGAUGCUGAAUCUGGCCUAGUCCUGCAACCCAGCAAGCUGUGAGAGGUGCAGAGAAGUGUGGGGAGCAGGGUUGGCACCCACACAAAGGCUCUGCUUGCACCAUCCGUGAGCGAUGCUCUAGAAAACAGUGGGACCAUGAAGGGCUUAGGAGACAACAGAAGCCGCCACCUCUCUGAUAACCUGGACUCCCCUCAAGACUCUCUUUAUGCCCCCCAGGACAGGAAUCCAUAUCUCCUCAGCCCCACUGACUCCUUCACCAUGGACCCCCGAUUCCCAGCCCAGAACACCCUCCAUGGUGACUGUCUCCUUCCACUCAACAACCAGAUCUCCAAUAGCAGCACUUUCCCCCGCAUCCAUUACAACUCCCACUUUGAGGUCCCAGAUGAGAGCCCUUUUCCAAGCCAUGCCCAAGCCACCAAAAUCAACCGCUUGCCUGCAAACCUCCUUGACCAGUUUGAGAAACAGCUGCCCAUCCACAGAGAUGGCUUCAGCACCCUCCAGUUUCAGAGGAGCGAUGCAAAACACCGGAGUGAAAGCCCUGGGCGGAUCCGGCACCUUGUCCACUCCGUCCAGAAACUAUUUGCCAAGUCCCAGUCUCUGGAGGGCCCCACCAAAGGCAGUGUGAACGGUAAGAAAGGGGCUGAUGACCCCAAGCAGAACCGAAGGAGCAAGAGCAAAGACCGAGCAAAGACUUCCGAGCCCAAGCGCAGGACCAGAUCCAACAUAUCAGGCUGGUGGAGCUCAGACGACAACUUAGACAGUGACACCUGCAGCUACCGCAACCCAAUGGGCCUCAUGACACUGGGCCGGCAGCCGGACCACAGCCAGCCGAAGUACUUCAUGCAUGCUUACAACACCAUCAGCGAGCACAUGCUGAAAUCCUCCAAGAGCAAUAACGACCUCAAGGUCACCCCUUGCACCAAUAUCCCCAUUAACAAUGACUCCAACUACAUUAAGAGGGGCUCCUGGUCCACACUGACACUCAGCCACGCUCGGGAAGUGUGCCAAAAGGCCUCAGCCACAAUCGACAAAGCCUUGCUGAAAUCCAAGUCCUGCCAUCAAGACUUGGCCUACCACUACCUGCAGGUGCCUCAGGGGGAGUGGAACAACACGCUGUCUCGGGACAAAGACAGUGAGAUCCCAUGCCGGCGCAUGCGGAGCGGGAGUUACAUCAAAGCCAUGGGGGAUGAUGAUAGUGAAGACUCAGAAAGCAGCCCCAAACCAUCCCCAAAAACUGCAGCUCGGAGGCAGAGUUACCUCAAGGCCACCCAACAGUCCCUGAGUGAGCAGAGCACCACCCAAAGGAGCCUGGACCGCCUGGACUCUGUCGAGAUCCUCCUACCUCCAAAGUUCCCAACCUGGGAGGAAGAAUACAACCAGAUCUCCGACAGUGUCAAUGACUCCAGUUGCAUCAACCAGGCGAGAGAGCCGGAGCUGGGGGAGCAGUACGAGGCAGUCUGCGACUCUACCUACAGCGAGGCCGAGUCAGCGGCCGCCGAGGUGCUGGACCUGCCCCUGCCCAGUUACUUCCGCUCCCGGAGCCACAGCUACCUCCGAGCCAUCCAAGCGGGCUGCUCCCAGGAUGAGGACACCAGCUCUGUCCGCUCCAUCUCCCCCCCGCCAGCAGGCAGCCUCAGUGGCAGCAGGACCCUGCCCACCAACAGUUCAUCAUGCCUAGUGGCAUAUAAAAAGACUCCACCUCCUGUCCCACCUCGGACCACAUCAAAGCCGUUCAUCUCUGUCACUGUGCAGAGCAGCACUGAAUCGGCACAGGACACCUACCUGGACAGCCAGGACCACAAGAGCGAGGUGACCAGCCAGUCGGGACUGAGCAAUUCUUCAGACAGCUUAGACAGCACCAGGACACCCAGCGUUACGAGGGGCAGCAUCGUGACUCCAGCGAGAGACACUCCAGAGCUACCGCAGAAAAAUGCAACUUUGAAAAGCGACAAAGGGACUCUGACGAGUGAAGAGCCCAAAGUGGAGAACGUCCCCAAAAGAAAACUGUCAUCUAUAGGAAUACAAGUUGACUGCCUUCAGCCAGUGGUCAAAGAGGAGCCUCCUCCACCAGUCACCAAAUUCCAGUCCAUCGGGGUUCAGGUAGAAGACGAGUGGCGAAACAGCCACUCUCGCAGUAUGUCCUCCAAACAGGAUACAGACUCUGACACGCAGGAACCCAACAACUCUAGCUGUAAAUCAUCUGAGAGAAGCGUUGCUGAGUGCCCCCAACACAACAACUCUGUUGGUGUUGAUACCAGUGCCAGGCAACCAGCCAAGCCCUCACAGAUUAAGAGAAACCUCUCCUAUGGAGACAACACUGACCCAGCCCUGGAGCCUUCCUCUCUCCCUCCUCCUGACCCUUGGCUUGAGACAUCAUCUGCCUCGCCAUCGGAACCCACGCAGCCCGGAGCCUGCCGGCGAGAUGGGUUCUGGUUUCUGAAGCUGCUGCAGGCAGAAACAGAGCGGUUAGAGGGCUGGUGCCGCCAGAUGGACCAGGAGACUAAAGAGAACAAUCUCUCUGAAGAAGUCUUAGGAAAAGUCCUGAGUGCAGUGGGCAGUGCACAGCUACUAAUGUCACAGAAGUUCCAGCAAUUCCAUGGCCUCUGUGAACAAAACUUGAACCCUAAUGCCAAUCCCAGACCCACAGCCCAGGACCUAGCUGGGUUUUGGGACCUCCUGCAGUUGUCCAUUGAAGACAUCAGCAUGAAAUUUGAUGAGCUGUACCACCUGAAAGCUAACAGCUGGCAAUUGGCAGAGACACCGGAGAGAAAGGAAGAGAAGAAACCACCCCCUCCAGUGCCAAAGAAGCCAGCAAAGUCCAAAUCCCAACUGAACCGGGACAAAGCCUCUGAUUCAGACAAGCAGCGCCAGGAAGCUCGCAAGCGUCUCAUGGCAGCCAAGCGCGCUGCCUCUGUGCGGCAGAACUCGGCCACGGAGAGUGCAGACAGCAUCGAGAUCUACGUCCCCGAGGCACAGACGCGCCUUUGAGCGAAGGGGCAGAGGAAGGAACCGUGUGGUUUUUAUAAGUCAUUAAAAAGGGGAAGAAAAAAAAAAAAAAAGGUUCUC